CCAUCCAGUAUCUUACUAAGACACCUUCCCCCAAACUCAAGACCAUAUGAUCUUAUUAUUAUUCAUGAUGAUGUUGCUGAUCUGGGGUAACCCUUGUGGUUGCUGCCCUGACGACCAGAAAGCUGCUCUCCUGGAGUUCAAGUCUCUAAUAUUCCAUGGAAACUCCUCCUUCCGCGGCGCCGAAAACGGAUUAUCCAACUGGAACGCCAGUGUCAGUUGUUGUGAGUGGUCAGGGGUUUAUUGCCAUUUCCAUCGUCAUCAAUUCAUCAUCAAAGAGCUUCAACUUCGAGGGUCCGAGUCGCAGCUGGUGGAAACAGGGGUGAGUGCAGAUGUACUUACCCCGCUCUUUCGCCUGACAUCAUUACAGUUGCUCGACCUAUCUGGCAAUUACAUACGAGGUAAAAUCCCACCUGGAAUCGGAAACCUGACAGGGCUUCAGGGACUUUAUCUGUCCCACAAUUACUUCACUGGUCUGAUUCCUCCCGGGCUGUUUAGUGCUCUGCCUCAUUUGCAAGAACUUCGGUGUGACUGGAAUUCACUAGAAGGAAAUAUCCCCAUAGAGAUUGGCAACUUGACCAAUCUCGAGUUACUUUCUAUGGAUGGUAGCAAGCUCUCUGGAGAAAUCCCGGCGACUUUGCUACAGAUAAACAAGUUGAAAUACCUGUCGUUGCAAGGCAACCUUCUAUCGGGGGAGAUCCCAAGUGUUCAAAACAUGACCCAAUUGGUUGUCCUGGAGUUGGAAAACAACUUUCUGUCCGGCGAGAUACCGGCUUGGUUGUUCGAAUCUUCCACGAUGGAAUCGCUGUUUUUGGGAAGAAACAAUCUUACCUUGACAAAUGCAAACCAAAUGGCCCCUAAAUCUGCAUUCUAUCAACUGUCCUUGAUAUCCUGCAACAUUUCUUCUGAUGGAAUCCCUAUCUGGUUGGCGAACCAAACUGAUCUCGCAGUUCUCGACUUGAGCAGCAACCGGAUCACAGGAAACUUCCCCAGGUGGUUGGCUGAACAGCCGAUAAAUGAAUUGGUUUUGGCGGAUAACUUGCUUCAAGGUACUCUGCCUCCUGAAUUGGCGUCCAAUGGAGGUAUACAAACUCUCGACUUAUCAGAGAACAAUUUCGAGGGAGAAAUAUUUCUAAACAGAGGAACUAACGAGACCAAUCAAAGUGGGUACUCCAUGUUGAUUCUUUCAGAUAACAUAUUUACAGGAUCGCUUGGAACUCACAUCUCGAAUAUGAGUUACUUGUUUUAUCUGGACUUGUCAAGAAACCAACUUUCAGGUGAGGCUUUUGUCUUUCUUUGUCAGCGUUCUUACAGUUGUCCAGAGUAUAUUAAUCUUUCCUUCAAUACCUUUCAUGGAAAUAUAUCCAUAUCUUCUGGCAAAGCGUACUCACUGAAAGUCCUUGAGGUCGCUCACAACCGUUUCUCUAAUAUUUAUUUGCCACAAUAUUUAGAGGAGCUCCAACUUCUUGAUCUUCGUGAGAAUAGAAUAUCGGGUGAAAUUCCAGCUUGUUUGGCUCAAAUCUCAUCUUUACAAAUUUUGAGUGUGGGAAACAACUUUCUUCGCGGGCCGAUUCCAUCGAAUCUUUCUAAUCUCAGAAGCCUUCAAAUUUUGGACCUCUCCGACAACAAAUUAAGGGGCAGGGUGCCGAACCAUUUAGGAAAUUUGAGGGGUAUGAUCCAUGCUCCGCCUGACUCACCAAUUUUGGGUUUCGCUCAGAUUAAUAACCCAAUCGAUUCCGCCUGGGUCUCGGGGCCAUCAAUUCCAACUCCAUGGUUUGAAGUCUUCUGGAAGACUCAUAAUGAGGGGCUUCCCAACAAUCACUUGGGAUUAUACACUCUUCUUGAUCUAUCCAACAAUCAAUUGUCAGGUGAAAUCCCAAAUAGUUUGGGAAAAUUGAGAAGUCUCAAAGUGCUCAAUCUGUCCCACAACAGCCUAACCGGUCCAAUCCCAGCUAGUUUCGGAAACAUUAAGGAAUUGGAGAGCUUGGAUUUAUCUCACAACAACUUAUCUGGAGACAUUCCGGAAUCUAUGGGAACAUUGCUGCAAAUCACUAAUCUGCAAUUAAGCGACAACAAUCUCUCAGGGCAGAUCCCGACCGGUUCCCAAAUGGACAGGAUGAACAAUCCAUAUUCUUAUGCUAACAAUGACGCUAGAUUGUGCGGGAUGCAGAUUCUCAAACCGUGCAAUGAUGUGGCUAUAACUCCGACACAGGAGGCAGCUCCUAGAGGAGGACCAGAGCGCGAUGAAGGGUUAUGGUUUUCGUGGAUGACAGCGAGCAUUGGAUUUCCUGCUGGAUUUGUCACGACAGUGCUUGGGAUGUACGGCUUCGGUUACUUCCACCACGAUCCAAAGUUGCGACGACGACGAAGGAUGAUGAAGCGUCGUGCCAUCGGGUUCUGAAUUCUGAUGAGUUGAAAUGUGCUCUGCUGUGAUCCGAAUAAAUUGGUUAAUUCAACUUGUAGUACUUUGUUCUUCAUAAAUAAAUAAAUUGUAGUACUUUGUCCCUACAAUGUACUAGAAUUACUAAUGAUGAAAUCUUAGGGGUGGUUUGGAGGUUCGAAUUGUUCUCCUAAUUGAUGUAUCUAAUCAAUUCGUGUAUUGUGAUUUGAUGCAUUGAUUGAAUGUAUGAAUUUAGAAAUAACUUUUUGGAUGUUUAGAUUUUGUUUAUGUUAUACCUAAAAAGCAGUACAUUUUUCAUAAUCAAUGACAUAUUUACCUUUCAUUUAUUAAUGAGAGAUGAGUUGUAGAUGAGGGCAGUGGCGGAGUCAGAAAAUUGGCUAAGGGGAUGUCUUUUUCACAUAAUGAAAAAAGUCAACUACAUAAUAAAAAAGUCAAAUAUGAAAGAAAUAAAAUGUCAAUAACAUAAUAUCCAAGAUUCGUACACUUACAUAAUAAUAGUUCUAUGCACAUCGCCUAUAAGGAACCGCAAUGAGAUUUCAUAUUCUGAAAGUAUUGGAGAAUACAUUUCUUGUCCAAACUAACACACAAAUCUUGUUCAAUCCAUGUCACCAAUGAAUUGUUCAAUCACUAAUCGUUCAUUUGAUUCCGAAUAUCAUUCUUGAUAUAUUUCAUGGAAGAAAAUUAUCUCUCCACACUUGUUGUUGCCAUAGGCAAAAUAAGUGUCAACUUGAUAAGCAAAUAAAGAGAUUAUACAAUUUGUGGUUAUUUGUUUCCAUCAUUUUUUGUUUGCUAACUCACCCCUUGUAAGUCAUUGAACCUGUCAUCGAAUGGUAGAUUACUUAUAUAUGAAUUCAGUUGAUAACCAAUAAACUUCAUAAGAUUUU